GCGAUCAGCCGAACAGCGGAAUUAUCACCUUUUUUAGUCCCGUUGUCUGCAUGUGUCAGCUGGCAUUUUCUGCCAAAUCAGCGGGGCUUUUUUUUUGCAUUUUUUAAACUUUGUAACAUUACCCCUUUAUUUUCAAACCGUAGACUUCCAUCGUACGGCUGUCAUUAGUAAACCAAACGUAGCCUACUCUCGGAUGAGAUAUUUAACCCACACAAAGUAAACGAAACUGAAAACCGAAGGUUUUCAUUAGGCUCUUUUGUGACAGUGAACAUGGGAAAGAAAAGGGGGAAGGAAAAAAGCUCCAGAGAGGAAGAUGACUUUGAGAUUACAGUUCCAUCCUGCAGGCACAUUAAGAAGGGAUCAGACCAAACUCUUCUAAAGAAACUCUCUGGGAGUGGUGAUUGGACAAGUUGCCAGGAUUGUAAGCCUGAAGAAAAUGAAGAAAACAAAGAAAACAUCAGCACCACUGUGCCACCGGAAUCUGAAGAGGAAAAAGAGAUGGAACCCAUGUGGAUGUGCUUGAAAUGUGGCCAUAGAGGAUGUGGACGGAACUCUGAGAACCAGCAUGCCAUCAAACAUUAUGAGACUCCUCGUUCCGAACCACAUUGUCUGGUGAUUAGUUUGGACAACUGGAGUGUGUGGUGUUACAUAUGUGAUGAUGAAGUCCAGUUCUCCAGAACGGGACAUUUGGCUCAGCUGUUGACCAACUUAAAAAAGCAAACCUCUGCAGAUCCCAUAAAGAGACCACAGAAGAGAGUGAAGGAAGAAGCCUGCUUGUUGGAAGUUGAACAGAAGACAGAGACUGUAAAAGCAGAGGAAAAAGAGGACAAAGACAACAAAGAGAACAAGGACCACCCAAAGAAAAACGCCAAGAAAGAGAGUGUUGUGAAAUCACAAAAGUCUGGCACAUCUGAAGACAUUGGUGGUAUUUCAGUAAGAGGGCUGAGCAACCUUGGAAACACAUGUUUCUUUAAUUCAGUUAUUCAGAAUCUUUCUCAAACACAUCUCUUAAGACAGACUCUCAACAAAAUGACGGAAGAGAAAAUGGAACUUAACAUCCAACCUGUUGCGUCCUCUGAUCUGGAGCCUCUCGUAUUGCAUUUAGAUCGGCCCGGACCCCUGACUAUGGCUAUGUGUCAACUACUCAAUGAGAUUCAGGAAUCCAAGAAGGGUGUGGUAACACCGCGGGAGUUGUUCUCACAAGUUUGUAAAAAGGCUGCUAGGUUCAAAGGUUUUCAGCAGCAAGACAGCCAGGAGCUGCUGCGCUACCUUCUGGAUGGGAUGCGAGCUGAGGAGACCAAAAGAGUGAGCACGGGGAUCAUGGAGGCAUUGAAAGGAUCUAAAAAAAGUACAGAUGGAGAGCAGCUGAAAACACUAGUUAAAGAGUACGAGAAAAACGGAUUUCCAAAAAACGUUGUCGACCACGUUUUUGGUGGGGAAACGACCAGCACUAUAAUGUGUCAGCAAUGCAAAACGGUGUCUGUAGUCACAGAGAUGUUUUUGGAUCUUUCCCUUCCUGUCUCUGAUGAGGCAUACAGGAAGAAGAAACAGAAAAAAGAAGUUCAGAGAACCAGUGAAUCGAGUCAGGAUGGCAGAAACAGCCCUGUUUUGACUAACGGGAAGGAUGACAUCCCCGAGGGGUCCGGCAGCAAGUACCAGCAGAAAAAAGCCAAGAAGCAGGCAAAGAAGCAGGCAAAGCAACAGAAGAGGCAGACGAAGCUUGACGGCAGAGUCACUUUGGACUGUCUCUCAUCUCCGAGCCAAACGGAGAGCGAACAGACCGAUCCUGCUGAUCCAGAUGCAGAGGAAGGGGAAAACGCUGACAAUGGAACAAAUGAGGAAGCCACACUAAUUGGAGAAACUCCUGCACAAAUCAGCGUGUCUGAAGAGGACCAGAAAACCCUUGAAACGGAUCAGGAUGAGAAGGAAAAGGAAGAAGAAGAAGAAGAAGAAGAGGAUGAUAAUUUGGUGAAUGAGUGUGACUCAUCCGCUACGUCAUCAGUAAGCAACCGCUUUAAAGCCUUAUCAGAGGAGCAACCCUCAAAGGACAGCGUCUUGGACAAUGACAACAUCUCUGACAUGGAUCAGGAAGUAGAACAGGACACAGAGCUAGUGAGAGAAAUGGAGAAAGUCACCCUGGAUGAUGCCUUCAUUGAAGAUUAUCUUGCUGUGGAUCAAAGCAUGGAGAGUGAAGAAGAGGAAGCUAAAGAGUACACUGUAGUAAGUCAGGACCCAGAUCUGGCUUUCCACACUCUGGCUACCAGGAAAGCACCUGAGAAACAGGAGUGUUCCGUCCAGUCGUGCCUUUUCCAGUUCACAGAAGUGGAAACUCUCACGCAGAACAACAGCCUGCUUUGUGUCACUUGCACCAAACGGCAGCCCAAUAAAGAGAAAGCUGGAGCAUCCAAGAAAAAUGUCUACACUGAUGCCUUGAAGCAAAUGCUUAUCUCGUCUCCCCCACCGGUGCUUACCCUUCAUUUGAAAAGAUUUCAACAGAAUGGAUACAGUAUUUGUAAGGUGAACAGACAUGUCCAAUUCCCCCUGAUACUGGAUCUAGCUCCCUUCUGUGCGGUUAAAUGCCAGAACUUGACAGAGGGAGAUAAUCAGAUUUUGUACAGUUUGUACGGCAUCGUAGAGCACAGCGGAACAAUGAGGUCAGGUCAUUACACAGCGUAUGUGAAAGCACGCCCUGAGUGCCCUAAACUCUCAUCCAAUGGAUGUACAGCUGAAGAUUCAACCAGAGGAUCCUGGUUCCAUGUCAGCGACACAAGCGUUCAGCCUGUGAGCGAGAGCAAAGUGCAGGGUUGCCAAGCCUACCUCCUCUUCUAUGAAAGAAUCCUCUAAUAAAACUGCGCUUCACUACUCAGGGAAUCCAAACAAACCAACCGUCUGCUGCUGCUUCAGCUCCACAGUACAAGGGAUCUCAAAAUGUUAACCAACUAGUUAUGACUAUGACAUUAACUAGGCUGUGAUGAGAUGAAAUUGAUUAUACAGAAUGGACAUUUGAGAGUGUUGACAUUUCAACACAGUCGUUUCACACAGUAUUUCAAGUAACCAGGACCAGCUGUAUGUUUCUCACACUUGUUUGAAUGAUGAUAGCAAUGAAAGUCAACAUGGACGUUUUCUGUUUUUAAACAGAUUACAAGAUAAACGAAAGUUGAGAUAAAUAAUAACUU